CUAUACAAUUAGUAGUACAUUCCCCUAGAGUGAUAGAGAAAUGGCAAAAUUGUCCUUGAUUGUUUUGCUAGCACUUGCACUAGUGGCAGCUCAUGCAUCCGCAAGAAACAUUCCAACUCAUCACCAAACAACAAACCCUAAUCUCAAUGCAUUAGCCCCUUCACAAAAUUCGGCCGGCGCCGUCGCCGAUGAAAAAAACUUCAUUGGCGGUGUAGGCGGCUGGGGCGGGAUCGGCUACGUCGGAGUGCUGCCGGUUGUAGGUGGCAUGGGAGGAGUUGGCGGUGCAGGAGGGGUUGGUGGCCUCGGCGGACUCGGUGGCUUAGGCGGCGGGAUUGGUAAGGUAGGCGGGAUCGGCAUUGGGGGCGGGAUCGGCAAAGUGGGAGGCAUUGGCAUCGGCGGCGGGCUUGGGAAAGUAGGAGGCGUUGGCGUCGGCGGCGGCAUUGUGCCUUGAAUUUGUUGGUGGAGUUAUAAUGCAUGCAUGCAUGUUUUUUUGUUCAUGAAUUUAAUUCCUAGCUAGUUUGUGUUAAGAUUGUUCGCUCGUCUAGUUUUGUUGUGUUCCAAGUAGUUUGUUUUUAUUUCUUGGUGUAAUCAAUGCAUGCAUGUUGGCUUGAAUUCAGUUUAUUUUUGGAUU